UUCCUUUGCCCUUCGUGCUUCAGUGCAGGAGAGAGCAACCCCUGCGCCUACGCUGCUGCUUCGUAGGCAGGCAGCGCUGCACUUCCAGCCGAGGAGGCCUCUGUCGAGGGAGCUGCUCCCAGACAUUUCCUGCUCCUGGGCAGCUCGGGCAGCCAUCCGCCUCUCAGCAAGGCUGGGUUUCAAACAGGCAGAACCAGAUUCCCCAAGUAGAAAGCAAUCAGUUUGCCUGUCUACUGCAGUUGCAGAAGUCAGCUUCUCUCUCACACCACCGCUCCUGAAAAUGAACCCUUGGAAAACUCUGUAAGAGCUAGAAGCCGAAGGCAUGCAGAAAAUACUUAAUGGAAUGCCACUCAAAACACAUUACUUAGGCAAAUAUUUGAAAUGAUGUUUUUCAGAUUAUACUGAAGCUUUAAACUCAGGAGUUCCUCUGUAAAGGAUACAGCAGAAAGCCACCAGCACAGGAUUAAAAGUGAAAGGAGAAAAAAAGAUAUUGAAGUUAACUCCCUGUGUUGCAAGAGUGGGAAAGAACCUGAAAAAAACCUGAACUCAAAAAUCAUGAGAGACCGCCUCCAAGAGCUUAAACUGAGAGCUAAGGAACUACAGAUAGCUGGAGAAAACAACGGUGCAACUGUACAAGAAGAAGAGCAGGAGAGGUUUGAACAGCAGGCCAUUAUUUAUGAAAAAGAGCCCAUAACUGGAAGGCACUUGCAUGAAAUCCAGAAGCUUCAGAAUGAAAUUAAUAAUUUGGCAGAGGAAGUUCAUAAAUUCAGUCAACAACAAAAAAGCCUAGUAUCUUCAAUGAGAAGAUUCAGUGUUCUUAAAAAGGAAUCUAACAUAGCAAAAGAAAUAAAAAUUCAAGCAGAGCACAUACGAAAAUGUUUGGAUGAACUGUCAAAAACAGUGAAAAAAGCUGAAAAUGAACAUGGGCCAUCACGUGCCACAGUAAGAAUUCUAGCUUCACAGCAUACUUUCUUAUCGCAGCGUUACCUAAAUGCUAUGCUCUCAUACAAUGAUGCUAUAACCGCCAAGCAAGAGAAAUGCAGAAGAUUUAUUGUCCGCCAGCUUGAAGUAGCUGGUAAAGAAGUAUCUGAGGAAGAAGUCAAUGACAUGCUCCAACAAGGAAAAUGGGAGAUUUUCAAUGAAAAUCUACUCACUGAAGUCAAAAUUACCAAAGCUCAGCUUUCGGAAAUUGAACAGAGACACAAAGAACUAGUCAAUCUGGAAAAUCAGAUCAAAGACUUAAAGGAACUUUUCAUCCAGAUAUCAGUUCUGGUGGAGGAGCAAGGGGAAAUGAUCGACAACAUUGAAAUCACUAUGAACAACACUCAAGAAUACACUCAAAUGUCUAAAGAAAAAUUUGGGCUUGCAGUCAAGUAUCGAAAAAGAAACCCUUGCAGAGCAAUAUGCUGCUGGUGUUGUCCAUGCUGCAAAUGAUAAAAGAAACAAACUGUUUGAAAUAUCAAUGGCUCCUAUUCAGUAAACUGAUCUUUUAAGGGACUCUUAGCAUCCCUCAAUUGCUCCAUUUUUCUUCCCAUCUUCCCUUCCACAGAAGUCUUAGGAAAAACAGCAUCUGUUUUUCCAAAGACUUAGAAGAAUGCAAAGAAGGUUAUGGUUUUCACAGAAACACAUGAACUAGGGGAAAGGAUCAAAGGACACAAGUGAUACUUUUUUAUUCUUCCACUCAAACUAGAACAAAGUGGCAACAAACUACCUGUGAUUUUGGGAAGUAUUGAAAAUACUGUUAAUGUCAAAGACACGAUUCAUAUGAAUGGUUUAGUUACCUUUCAUAAAAUAAUAAUUAGUA